CCUAAAUUAUUUUUCGCAGUUUGGGUCUGAAACGUAGUAUUUUGCACUCAGUUCUGUGAUUUUUAUGUGAGUAGGAUUUGGAAUGACAGGUAAAAGCCAAGUAUGUUCAAUAUGGGUAGGUUCGGAAACUGGAAUAUUAAAAGGAGUGAGUCUUGCGAAGAAGCAGGCUUUCAAUUUUUGUGAAAUGAAUAGCCUAAGUCGGGAUCAGGAAGUCUGUAUGCUGUGUUGGGGAGAUGCUCAAGAAACCGAGGUGUUAGUUGGCUGUGCAAACGGAGCAGUGAAGACUUUCAGCACAGAGAAGGGCAUCUUCACUGAGAGCAGGCAGUGUGGGGACAGCGCACAGGGCAAGUUCACUGGGCUUGCUGUCACAGACAGUUCCUUGGUCACUUGUGUGGAGUCUGGGCUCCUGAAGAUCUGGAAGGAGGGUAGCACUGAUACCGUCGAAAUCAAUGCAGGGAGCAGUGUCUGUCGGAUGAAACAGAACACAUCACAACGCCACCAUGUGGCUACUGGAGGAAAGGAGACUCCACUUAAAGUCUGGGAUCUGGAAAGGCCUGACACCCCAAUUUUCACUGCCAAGAAUGUGCGUAAUGACUGGCUAGAUCUGAGAGUGCCGGAGUGGAUUCGAGACUUGGCCUUCAUUCCAGACUCAGAAAAGAUUGUCACCUGCACAGGACACCACCAGGUGCGAGUGUAUGACCCUGCUUCCCCUCAAAGGAGACCGGUUAUGGAGGCGCAGUUUGGGGAGUACCCCCUCACUGCCCUGUCACUGCCUUCCACCCCUGGCUCUGUUGUCGUGGGCAACACGCAAGGGCAGAUGGCUGUCUUAGACCUGCGUAAAGGGCUGGUACGUGGGUGUCUGAAGGGGCUGGCUGGCGCGGUGCGUGGGCUGCAGUGCCACCCGACUCUUCCCUUGGUGGCCUCCUGUGGCCUGGAUCGAUUCCUCAGAAUACACAGCCUGGAGGACCGCGCCUUACAGCACAAGGUUUAUCUAAAGUCGAGGCUAAACUGUGUGCUUCUGUCCAGUCGAGACCUGGAGGCCUGCCCUCCUGCAACAGAUGCAGAACAGGAGGUGAAAGAAGAAGAUGGAGUUGGUGAUGAAGUGUGGGACACCAUGGAAACAGUGACAGAAAAAGCAAAAAAAAGGAGAUUAGAGGAAAAGGCUAAUGGUGCUGGAAAAAAGACGAGCACUAAGAAAAAGAAAGCGGUGAAGAAAUAAAAAACUAGUGAGGGGU